UCACGGACUGAUCUUUGGGAAGAGUGACGGAGCAGAGCUCCAAACUUUUAUAUACCGGUGACUUUAUAACUCUUCCAUCGUCGUUUAUAUGGAUCUGUCAAUGCACUGAAGAGUGCUAAACUGCUUUGUUCUUGAUCGAAACAUCGUUAGAUUGUUCGACGAGGACAUUUCUUCUGAUUUUAAGUUUUUGUGUGUGAGCUCGAGCGGAGAUUUGGGAGAGUCCUACUACUAACGUACUCAUGCGGUUUCUAUAUGUGUCCUUUAAAAAAAUGAACAACACUUCCGUUCAGUAAAGGAUUCACUUUUUUAUAUAUUUUUACUAGUUUUUAUUGUUUUGUAUGUAGUCUUUGGGAAUUCAACUGAACGGAAAAACUUCCACCCAACUUUUUUUCGUGCAGUUGGUCGUCGUGUGAUCCAGCAGGUGGAGAAACACGAGCCGCUCUUUCAUCAGAUAAAAGCUCCACAAUCCAUCCAAAAAUAAAUCGGAUUUCUUUGAAAACCUGGUUUUGAUUUCAAGACUUGGCGACUGGAGAUAAUUCUUCAAAAACGAGUGCCGGGUCAGCUGAUAGGUGGUUGCCAUGGCGUCAUCGGUGAAGGUGGCGGUGCGCGUGCGGCCGUUCAAUAGCCGCGAAACCAACAGAGGAGCCAAGUGUGUGAUACAAAUGCAGGACAAGAGCACAUGUAUUAGUAAUCCCAAGCAACCCAAGGAUGCGCCCAAAAACUUCACAUUUGAUUACUCAUACUGGUCUCACAGCUCGGAAGAGGACCCGUCCUUCGCAUCUCAGAGAAGGGUGUACCAGGACAUCGGCGAGGAGAUGCUGCUUCAUGCCUUUGAGGGUUAUAACGUGUGUAUCUUCGCUUAUGGACAGACUGGAGGAGGGAAAUCAUACACGAUGAUGGGGAAACAAGAACCUGGGCAGCAAGGCAUCAUACCGCAGAUGUGUGAAGAUUUAUUCCGACAAACAGCGGCAAACACCGACCUUGAUCUGUCCUUCUCUGUUGAGGUCUCAUAUAUGGAGAUUUAUUGCGAACGGGUUCGAGACCUGUUGAACCCAAAGAGCCGAGGGGCCCUGCGCGUGAGAGAGCAUCCUAUAAUGGGCCCUUACGUUGAAGACCUUUCCAAGAUGGCCGUCACCAACUUCACUGAUAUUGCCGACCUGAUGGACACGGGCAACAAAGCCAGGACCGUUGCAGCUACAAACAUGAACGAGACCAGCAGUCGCUCUCAUGCCGUCUUCACCAUCCUCUUCACGCAGCGCCGACACGACAACAUGACCAACCUGGACACUGAGAAGGUGAGCAAGAUCAGUCUGGUUGAUCUGGCAGGAAGUGAGAGAGCAGACUCAUCUGGAGCCAAGGGCAUGAGGUUAAAGGAGGGAGCCAAUAUUAAUAAAUCUCUCACAACGCUGGGGAAAGUCAUCUCCGCUCUGGCAGACAUGCACGGCACAAAGAAGAGACGCUCGGACUUUAUUCCCUACAGGGACUCAGUGCUCACGUGGCUUCUGAGAGAGAAUCUGGGUGGAAACUCUCGCACGGCCAUGAUAGCUGCUCUGAGCCCGGCAGAUAUUAAUUAUGAAGAAACGCUCAGCACGCUCAGGUAUGCUGACAGGGCCAAGCAGAUCAAGUGUAACGCUGUGGUCAACGAGGAUCCAAACGCUCGUCUGGUCCGGGAGCUGAAAGAUGAGGUGAACAGACUCAAACACCUCCUGCUGUCUCAGGGACUCAGCAACCUCAUCACCGUCUCAGGGUCUGCAGCAGGCCAGCCGGCUUUGGCAGACACGUCAGGUGCGCUGAAUCAGCCCUCGCUCUCGUAUGUUCAGACUACCUCUGAUGCACCGAUGGAGGGCGAGACGCCCGCAAGUCCCAAUGAGCUCAUCAGCAAAGAGGAAGCGGUUGAGAGACUCGAGGAAACUGAGAAGAUCAUUGCUGAGCUAAAUGAAACCUGGGAGGAGAAACUCAGGAAAACAGAAUCGAUUCGACAUGAGAGGGAGUCUCUGCUGGCUGAGAUGGGCGUGUCUGUGAGAGAGGACGGAGGAACAGUGGGCGUCUUCUCACCCAAAAGAACGCCCCACCUGGUGAAUCUGAACGAGGAUCCGCUGAUGUCAGAGUGUCUGAUUUAUUACAUUAAAGAUGGAGUCACCAGGGUCGGGCAGGAGGAUGUGGAUAUUCGUCUUAGUGGUCAGUUUAUAAAAGAACUACACUGUGUCUUCUGCAGUGAAGUCAAUGAGAAUCAAGAAGUGGUUGUGAGCCUGGAGCCGUUGGUUGGGGCAGAAACGUACGUCAAUGGAAAGCGAAUCACUGAUGGAGUUGCACUGAAACAAGGUAAUCGUAUAGUGAUGGGCAAGAACCACGUCUUCAGAUUUAACCACCCCGAGCAGGCCAGACUGGAGAGAGAGCGCAGUGCCGCGCAGGACCUGCAGGGGGAGCAGGUGGACUGGAGCUACGCACAGGAAGAACUGCUGGAGAAACAGGGCAUUGACAUCAAGCAGGAGAUGGAGAAGAGAUUGCAGGAUCUGGAGAAUCAGUAUCGUAAAGAGAAAGAGGAGGCCGACCAGCUCCUGGAACAACACAGACUGUAUGCCGACUCAGACAGCGGGGACGACUCGGAUAAACGCUCGUGUGAGGAGAGCUGGAGACUCAUCUCUUCUCUCAGAGAGAAAUUACCAGCCAAUAAGAUGCAGUCUAUAGUAAAGAAGUGCGGUUUGCCCAGCAGUGGUAAGAGGAGAGAACCUCUGCGUGUGUAUCAGAUCCCUCAGCGGCGCCGUGUGCCCGGCUCACAGGAGUCCAAACACAGACUCAGCCUGGAAGAGCUUCGCACGCAGGCUGUCAAAGAGAUCUGCUAUGAGGUGGCUCUUGGAGACUUCCGGCACACGCGACCAGAGAUCGAGGCCUUGGCCAUCGUCAGGAUGAAGGAGCUCUGUCGCACGUACAGUCAGAAAGACCCUCAGGAGAGAGAGAGUUGGAAGAGCGUGGCCAAAGAUGUGUGUGAGACAGUGGGCAUCGGUGAGGAGGAGGGAGAUCGAGAGGAGAGAGCCUCAGGAGCGGCGGUCGGGAAUGAGGGCGGGAAGACGGAUAUGGGUGAGCUGAAGGCUCAUAUCGAUAAACUGACUGAUAUACUGCAGGAGGUGAAGCUGCAGAACAAUAUGAAGGAUGAGGAGAUCCGAUCGCUGAGGGACCGCAUGGUGAAGAUGGAGAAGAUUUUCCCCGUAGAGGGAGAUGAUAAUGAUGAUAAUGAUGACAUCACAGUGGAUGUAGCCAGUGGAGACGACCCACCGCCACAAGACAGCAGACGGGAUGAGGAUCCUGGGUAUCGACGGGGUCGGCAUCGCUGGCAGUACCCCGACAAGUACCAAGACCCUAAACGUCGCAGAGGAUCCGGAUAUCAACCGAAUAACGCCCUCUACAGCCCUCCAUUCCAAAACAAUCCGUUUAGCACCCCAUCAUCUAGAUUUCAGAAUCCAUCAUUCAAUUCCCAAGCACGCAACCCGAGUGGCCCAUUUCUCCCAGGCACUGGACGGUUCCUGCCACCUCAAGAGAGACGGCUUCAGUUCCCUUUUAAGAAUAAUCCACAGCACAGAGGCUUCAUGUGGGGCCCGACUGCAAGCCACGGAGGGGCCGACGGAGGCCAAGAUCCCGCCCCAAAUACCGACACGCUUCACACUUUCCAGUCCUCUCCGACUCCGAACAAGGGCCAAUGGCCCAACAAUCAUCACCAACAACGGCGUAACCACGGCAACAGAGGCUACAAUAACCGGGGAAACAGGCAAAGGUCACGAAACAGGGGACGGAACCCAUUCGAGGGGUAUAUGAGCAACGAACAGGAUGGGAAUGUUGACCGAAGAGAUGGCGGGUCGGGGCAGCACAAACAGGGGCGAGAGCGGUACUCCUGGUACAAUCCAAUUUUCGGUUCCGACCAGUCCGUUCCCGACGAACAUCAACAAAACAAUCAGCACCAGGGCAGGCAAGGUUUCUACAGACAUCCCAACUCGCACUACCAGCCCUCUCACCAGCCAGACAUCCCUCCAGAUAUGACCUCAUAUGGGUUCGAAGGUCAUCCCAAUCCACCUUCAGAGUGCAUGGAGACCUGAUUGAUGGGUCUUUGGGAUGAUAUGAAGUGCUGGACAUUCUGUUCUCCAAUGGCAUUGGAGACACCCAAGUGACUUUCCCUGCUUCUGGACGAGAGCCUGUUUUUAAGCUUCAUUCAUCAUUUUGCUGUGGUUUGUUGUGGAACGGUUAGAUCAUGAAAACAGACCGGAGCAACAUUUUUUACCGAAACUCAAAUCAAACGUAUUUUGUACCGUCAGCAUUUUUAGGAAUAUAAGUGUCCACCCACACAAUGUAUAUAUCGCAGUUCUGUACCUGCACUCGGCGUGCUUUAAGAGUGAUAUUUUUAUGUGCAAACCUAUCUGUACGUUACUCACUUAUAUGUAUAUAUCCAUACAUUGAUUAUAUUAUAUAUUUGCAAUGGAGUAUCUAGUAAUUCAACGGUUCUUUAUGACGCACAAUGCACUGCCAUGUUGACGUUAUAGCUUGUAAAGCUUCUGUACAUUUGUAAAGUUCUGCUGGAUAUUGAAUCAGUUUACAUUGUGCCUGCUGAAACGCCAAAGAAUUGAGAGAUCUUGAAGCCUUUAGGCUCAUAAAUACUAUUGAUGCUGACGUUUAUAUUAUUAGACAUUUUGCUAAUAUCGUUUUGUAUUGUUGGAUAUUAAGGUUCACGCCUUCUUCACCUGUUGUUCUUUCAUUUGGGAUUCAAAGACACGGGUGACAAUCUUUAGACAGUUGAGUACAAAUGAUGGGGUGACAGUGGCUCUUUUUUCUUUGUGUGGCACGGCCUGAUAAACCAACAAGGAAUCCUGUUUCUUAUGUGAGGCGCGAUUAACAAGUAAAUAUAAUGAAUUUGGAAAGAUGGUAAUGAUUUUAGUAGUGAUGUGAAAGUUGUAGUUUUUAUGCCAAUAAGCAUUGAUGCAAAGUACAGACAACCAACGAGAGUAAAGACUCACAUUAACCCCCACCUGAUACAACUGGAUACUGUAGUUGAAAGAGAAUAUCUGUCUGUGUGAAUGUAGCCUUACAUUUAUACCCAUGGCAGAUGCUUUUAUCUACAUUUUUUAUCAGUUUUUUAUUGGUCUGUGUGGCUAUUAUAUAUUAUUAUAUAUUUGCAAGAAUUUUCAGUUCGGGGGAUCUUUGAGUACCAUGGUUGGAAAACUUCAAUGGCAGUCAAAGGUGCCCCAGAACUCUUUGUUUACCUAAAUUCUUCAAAAUAUUCAAAAUAACAAAAAAUAUAUUUUUUAAAACUACGGUAACCAAUGAUGUUCCAGAACCGAAAAUUGCUGACAUUCUUCCAAAUGGCUUUCACCGUGUUCAACGAUACAAAGAAAUGUAUACAGGUUUAUGCGGCUUUUUGUCGCUCUUCGCAGAAUUUCGCUUACGAUUCUUGUGUCAUGCGUGUUCUCAUCUGACAAUGAUAUUCUUUGCAAACAAAGAAUAAAAUUAUCUUACAAGUUUUCCUUUA